UACAACAGCCCACGAAGCUAUUUAUAACAUAUCAAAUCCGUACCUUUUUAAGAAACUAUUCCAAUUGUCGAUUUCGGCAACCCUAAUUUUUAACUCUCACCCCCCCCGCCAAACCAAUUACUCUCUUCACGAUGUCUGACGAGUGGGACUCGGUCACCAAGAUCGGCAGCAAGUCUCGCGGAGCAUCGCAGCGGGAGACCGUCGUGCGAGGCAGCUCCGCGCUGAACGCCGCCAAGCGCGCCGGUGGCGCCAUCGCGACCGAGAAGAAGUUCUCUACCGGCAAUGCUGUAGGCAAAGGGCCCGAAGGCCAACGCCUGACGAAGGUCGACCGCAGCGACGACAUCAUCAAGCCGAACACGGUGGGCAAGGAGGUCGGCGACGUCAUCAGCCAGACGCGGCAGAAGAUAGAGCCCAAGAUGACCCAGAAGGACCUAGCCACCAAGUGCAACACGACGCCCUCCGUCAUCGCCGACUUCGAGCGUGGUACCGCCAUUCCCGACCAGAAGAUCCUCUCCUCUAUGGAGCGCGUCCUCAACGUCAAGCUCCGCGGCUCCGGCAUCGGCGAGCCCAAGUUCAAGCCCAAGGAGAAGAAAUGAGCGAUCAACAUAUAGUAGCAGAUAGGCCUGAAAAUACAGGCCGAUGAUAAUGAAUCGAAGCGAACUGAUGAUCGCAAGGGAGGCACCCAUCUGACGGGAUGGUUGUGUCCGGAGUGGCGGCUGCAUGAUGAAUUAGUUACCUUAGACGAGGCGAGGGGGUUUCCGAGAUGACGAGAUGCAUCUCCCCCUUUAGCCGUACAAUUGCAUAGCAUUGCGCGGCUCGGCUUCUAGUGCAAAGGGUCGAUCGGUCGGCCUCGUGCAUUGAUUUAGUAGACGCAAACAUAGACAUCUAGAGUCGCUAUCACGCAUUUCACAACCCUAUAAAAAAAACCACUAAAAAUAUUUUAUCUUGAGACUUUGAUGUAUUU